AUGCCUCUAUUUAACUUGAACGUUUUGAACUUAAGUAAAGGAAACGUUUUGUCAAAUUUCUCUUAAAAGGACAAAAUAAUUUGAGUCUACCCUUGAGAAUUUUAAAGGGGGAGAAGUUGAAUCCAAGUUGACAGCAUCUUAGAAAUGCAAACAAAAAUCUGUGAAAGGGAAUUUGAAGAGAGAACCGUCGAAACUUGCACGAAGCUUGCCCCAAAGGAAGAAAGGAAGAUUUUGAUCUAGAGAGAAAAGAGGGGAGAGACACCUGCUUGGUGAACAAGAAGAGUCGGAAAUAUCAUGUUUGUAAAAUUACAGUACAUCUCCAGAGAAUUAAUGCGACCUGGCAUGGCACACCUGUUGCAAAUUUUAAAUAAAAGAAUCCUCCAGCAUACAAAUUUCAAGCCAACAAGAAUUUAACGUCCUCUAUCAUACUUAGCUUACUUUAUUUCCUUCGCAAAUAAAAAUUUCAGGUAAAAAUAAAAUAGCAUACCUAAUACAAUAAUAAAUGAGCAGAAGUAUUCAAGAUAAUACGUUGUCUUCCAGCUAAGGUGAACAAUGCUAUUUAUGGGCUAGUCAACCUGACUGUUUUAAGUAGGAAUUCCUGUAAUUCACUUCAAUUAUUUCUAGAAACUAGGUUUCGUAGGAAAUUGAAAGAUAAGUUUAAUUUAUUAAUAAGUGAAUCAUCAUCAAUCACAAAAAGAAAGUAUUAUUGUUGUAUCGGUGAAAUUUUGGACAAAAGAAAAAACAAAGAAAAAAAGAUGGUGCGUGGUCUGCCGCAGUGGACGAAAACCUUGAGCUUCCCCGCGAGGGUGUCCCCCCAGAGGCCUGCCAAGGAGUCGAAGGGGUUUCAUGUAAGCCCCAGUGCUAGCCCCACGUCGCCACCCAGCCCGAUCAACGAUAACAUGGACAAGGCACCGAUUAUUACCGACGAGGUUAGAUUACAUCUCUUUUCUUUUGUUUCUAACAUUGCUUGCCGCGGUUAACAACGCUUUGGGAGCUUAACCUUGUAACAAUUGUAAUCAAAAAGUUCGUAGGGACAGGUGAAAAAUAACAGUUGCAUUAUGUUGUAUCUUUGUAUUGUACUCAUGAUGGCUCAUGAAAUUGUAGGGUCUUGUAUUCAUAUCGUAUAUAUGUGUUAUAUAAAACAUUUUGGACAUUCGGACAUUUGAAAUGUAUAUAUAACAUGUGUAUAUAUACAUAACAAAUGUAUAUAUAACAAUUGUCUUUGACAAUAUUAAAAAUGAAUUCAAAGAUUCCUCUGUUUGUUAUAAAUACUCUUUCCAAUUUUACUAAUAUAGUCUCAAUGAAAUGUUUUGUACAACAUUUGCAAUAAAAUGCAUGUCCGUAAUUGUUCGAACAAUUUCGUAAGUGAUCGUGUAUGUAAACAUACUAUGUGAAUCAAUGACAUUUCAAUUUUUGUAGGAUGAUUUAGAAACUCUUCUCGAGAGAAUAUAA